GCCGAACUGGCAAAGCCCACUUGUCUACAUCCUAUCACAAGGAAUAUUACGAGAUAGGGUUCGAGUUUUUAAAUGCUAGAGCGCUACAGUCGCAUCCGUCCUGAGAUCUAGAGAGUGGACGGAGGACUUUGUUUCACGGGGGUCUGCGCAUCACAACUCCUUGCUCUGCUCGAGCACAUCAAGAAGUUCCUGAGCGUGAUGAAUAGCUACAGUGCGAGGGAGUCGAAUUGACCGACAUCCGUCUCCUAUUAGACUCCGCGGUAGCGAGUAUCCAUCCAUGCGAGAGCAGCUUCAACUGACUGCUAAAAUUGUUCACCCGUCCGUCUUUGAGGCAGCGACCAUCAAUAUUAUCAAUGGAGGCGCACUCUUAACAGCAGAAGUUGUAGCUGUAAAGCUAUUCAAGAUCUCAAGUCAUGGUAGCAAGAGGAAGGCAAGCAAAGAAGAUUACUCGACACAGAUUCUCCGCGCCGACCCAACCAAGCGUUCUAAGCACGGUGGAGACGGCUGUGACAUUACUUACAGCGAGCGGUUGAAGCAGCUACCUCAAACAUUGAAUGCUAUCGAGCGAUUACUCUUGCAGUGUGAGCUGGUGCUUACACCUCAGCGGACAUGCAUGUUGCCUGCUACCGUGAGCUUCAUCACUAAGUUGAUGCAAUUUCGCAUGCUCCCGUUUAUUCUAUGA